GCGCCGCGCCGCGCCGCGUGUCCCUCGGGCCGCCCCGUAGCCGGCCGGCGCCGCUGGGGCUGCUGGGAAGUGUAGGCGGAAGGGGCGGGCGGCCGCGGCCGGCGGCGGGGAGCGCCUGGCACGAUGGACGUGCUGUAUACCACCGGAAUCCGCUUCGCGGAGGUGCUGCAGUCGGGGCCGCCCUGGCUGGAGAAGUUCUGGCUCUCGGUGACCUCCCUGGCUGAUCCAAGCAUCUUCACCAUCUGUUUCCCUCUCGCCUAUUUUCUCGACCGCAAGGUGGGGGUGUUGGUGCUGUGGAUUGGCCUGGUCUCCGAGUGGCUCAACGUGGUCUUCAAAUGGUUCUUAUUUGGGGAGCGCCCGUUCUGGUGGGUCCACGAAUCGAGACUCUUCAAGGACCAGCCGAUCCCAGUGCACCAGUUCCCCGUCUCCUGUGAAACAGGACCGGGCAGCCCCUCCGGCCACUGCAUGAUCACGGGGGCAGCCCUGUGGCCGCUCGUGACCGCCCUAACGGCGCUGGCUUCCAGGCACUCCAGAAGCGCGGUGGCGAAGCUGAUCCCCUGCACCGCCUACGCCCUCCUGCUCCUGGCCGUGGGGCUCUCGCGGGUCUUCGUCCUCGCUCACUUCCCGCAUCAGGUGGUUGGCGGCAUCCUGGCGGGGGUGGCCCUAGGCUGGGGCCUGCAGGCCCGCGCCGUGGCCGGGCGCACGCUGAGCUUCUUCGUGCGCGCCUCGCUGGGCCUGCUGCUGAGCGCCGUCGCCCUGCACCAGCUCAUGAUCGUCGCCGGCGUCGACAUCGACUGGUCCAUCCGCCUGGCCACCAAGUGGUGCGCGAACCCCGCCUGGCUCCGGUUCGACACGCGGCCCUUCACGUCGGUGUGCCGCGACGCCGGCAGCGCCCUGGGGCUGGGGCUGGCCGCGGGCUGCCCCGCGCAGCGGCUCGCCCCGCGGCAGAGGGGCGCCUGCGCCGUGCUGGCCGUGGCGGCCGUGCACGCGCUGCACCGCGGCUUCCCGCAGCCGGAGGACGUGGCCCUGUGGUACGGCGCCAGCUUCCUCAAGUACGCCGCGGGGCCCUGGCUCGUGGCCGGGCUCGUGCCCCGGCUCGUCCUCGCCUGCCCGCGGGGCUCCCCGCACUCCGAGUAGCGUUCCCGCUGUCGCCCCGGCUCCGGAGCCCGCUGCUCCCUCCCGGCUUUGCCCUCGGCUGCGCCCGUCGCUGGUCGCUCCGUGCUGGGGACGUCCGCCCGCACCCAACCCCGCUUUUGGGACAAAAAGCCAGUUAUUUACCCCGUGCUCUGCGGGGCUGGGGACGCGGCAUGGGUGACCCGUGCCCGCCGGGACAGGGUGCCGCGGAGAGGCCGGUCGCGCCCGGGAUGCAAAGCGGUACCCGCGUCCCUCCCGCCCCCAUGGGGCUCCCUCGCCCCCCCCCCCCCCCCCCGGGGGCCCUGCCUGUCCUCGGCGCCAUGCCCCAUGGCCAUGUUUCUAACCAAAUAAAAGCUUUUUCCACUCA